ACCACCAUCGUCAUUGACCGAAACAUUGUUAUGCAGCACAUGACUAUAUACAUUUUUCUACAGGGAGACAGACCUGCAUUUCUAUGAGGUUCUCAAAUGGAAAUGGAUCUCUGACCAAAUAAAAAAUUAAGAACCAUUGAGCUAAAGUCCUUGAAAGCACCAAAAGUCCCCAGGAGACUACACAGAACAUUCAGUUCCCUGUUUUAUCCUCCUAUAACGAGUUGGUCCAGGACCACAUCAGCGGUGCCCUAGGCACUGGAGGAGAUCACUCAGAACGAAAGCAGACAGCACUCCUGUCCUCAAGGACCUUGCUGGUUUUUUUUAAUGGAAAAUGCAAACAAUAAACACCACCCCCCCCUCCAUGAUCUAAAAAAGAUAAUGUGCUGACUGGUAAGUUCCAUGAAGAAGAUCAUGUGGUGGAAAAUUACUAGGCCAGAGUCUAGGGAGACAUCCCUGAGGAGGUGACAUUCCAACCAAGACCUGAACCAUGGGAAGGAGGCAGCCAUGGGAGACGUGGGGAAGAACCUUUCAGGUAGAAGUAGCCACAGCAUAGAGCCUGUGAAGUGGGAGGAGACCUGGUGCCUUCGAGGGCCCACGAGAACCCUGUAUUUGACCAUGAUGAGGGACAGGGCGGAGUGGCAGAGGGAGUGGGCAGGAGCCGGAUCUCUUCUAUGCCAAGGGAACAAAUGUAGAUUUUAUUCUAAGUUCCUGGGCAGCUAUUGGAGGGUCUUAGGCAGAAAGGUAACCUGAUCUGAGGUCCACUUGAGAAAGAUCACUGUCAUCGAUGUGUGGUGGAUCCAGCAGGCAAGAGGAAGGCCGAGUGUUGGAGGAGAGAGAUGAUAACCAAGGUUAUCUUACUGUAGAUGGUGAGUGGUGAUCAGGUCAAGGUGUGUUGGGGAGGUAUAGCCAAAAGGACUUGGUGAUGGAUUAUAAAGGAGGAAGUAAAGAAAGAUAGUCAUGCGUUGACUGAGAUGGCGAGGACUUUGGGAGUAGGGGUGCAGACACACUGAAAGUUGGAAGCAGUAGUUUUAUAUCAGGUGCAUGAGAUUUGAGAUGUGUUGAGUACUCACAGGGGGCCAGGCUAGAGCAACAAAGUUCAGAGUUGUCCAUACAUAUCUAGUAUUUGAAGGCAUGGAUGAGACCACCUAGGAAAAGACUAGGUAGAGAAGAGAAGGGAACUAGGGACAGAAACCUAGAGGUCUGGAGAGGAGAGGAGGAUGAGCAAAGGCCACUCAGAGGCACAGCCAGUGAAGGGGAGAAACCAGCUGCAGAUGAUGGACACCAAGAAGAGACCCAUUCAGGAAGCAAGAAGCUGGGGGUGCUGGAUGCUGUUGAAAACUCAGAGUAAGCCUAGAGAAUUGACCAUUGGCUUUGGCAAGAAAUAAGCCACUGAUGUUCUCAGGAGAAACAGAAAGUGGUUUCAGUGGAGUAGCGGGGACACAAGUCUGCCUGGUGAGUGGGAGAGAGUGGGCCAUAGGUGUUGGAGUGCAGACAGCUGCGUUGAGGUGUUUUGCUCUCACAUGGAGCACAGACUAGCAUGUCAUGGAGGAGAAUAGGGGCAUGGGUCAGAGCAGAUUUUGUUGUAUUUCAUGAGAUGGCUGAUACAUUUCUCAGUAAAGACGGAGAAACGGAUGAUAUUGGAGGGGAGGAAGUAAAGUGUCUUCAUGAGUCUUGUUUUAAUAAAGUGCUUGUUAUUAUAAGUGAACAUCUUUUUAGGUUCAUUUCAGUGGUUUCUGUUUCUUUAAUUACAUACUCUAUUUCCAAGAAUAAGGUUUUCUUCUACUCUUUGAUACCUAGGUAGACUUUCUCAGCUACUUUUUGGUUAAAAAAAGAAUGACUCAAAGUUAACCUGGGAACCUUAACAUCAUUGAUAAGAUUGUUUUUAUGGAGAAAACUGUUCUGAGUUCUAGAAGGUCUUUGGAAUUUGGCCUGUUUAGAAAUCAGGUUGAGAAACGACAGGGCAAGACGGGCUCUUUGAAAAGCACCAAAGGGCAUCUGCCUACCUGGAGCGGGUUGACCUACCUUCCUUUUUUCUCUCCUGCUGUUGCUGGGUCUCUUAGCCUCGCUGAUUGUUAUCUCUCCUAGCGUUGAAAAGCCCUAGCUACAUUCAAACCUGUAACUGCAAAGAAUUCAGAUUUUCCUAUUAAAGACAGGAUUCUUACUUUUAACCACAGAAAGCGACUGAGAGACCCUUAAAGCAGACUGUCUUGUGCAAUAAACUCACCCUUGUAAAAAUUGUGCACAAUCCAAAUGAUAUAUUUAGUGUUGUAGGAGAUUUACACGAACUUUUAUACAAGGAGAAACUUCCUUUAUUCACCCUCUGGUGCAUCUUGUACCGGAGUAAAAACCAAGAUGCUUACAGUGACUUGCCAGGCUCCCCUCAGGCACCCUCCUCCCUCCCUCCCUGUACCCCUUGUCCCUCUGACCUGACCUCCUCUAGGCUCUCUUUGUUUCACUGCUCACUCUGCUCCAGCCUUACUGGGCUCUGGGUUCUUGGAAUGAACGUGCAAGUUAUAUCCUGUCUCAGGACCUUUGCACUGACUCUCUUGGAAGGCUCUUACUCCCAGAGAUCCACAUAAUCAGCUCCCACACUUCCUUCGGGUCUAUAGUAAUAAUCAUCCCCUCAGCAGACUUUCCCUAGCUCCCCUUGACAAGUCACGUCUUCUUCCCUACAUUACUUUUUCUCCUUAGCAUUUAUCACUAACAUACUGUAUGAUUUACAUUUGUCUCAUUUAUUUUAUAGGUCUAGCACUAAAUGCAAGUUCAAGUAGAGUAUGGAAAUUUUUGUCUGUUUUGUUGACUACUGACUGUAUCUUAGCACUUAGAACUGUGAUUAACAGGUGCUCAGUAAGUAUCAGUUAGUUGAAUGAAUGAAUAAAUGAAUGGAUAGACAUCCCUUAGUUUAUCUUGGCAGUUAAUCUGGCUUUUUACGUUAAAAACAAAGAACAACUCUAGCAACAUUGGAAUUUUUUAAAAUGUAUAUAUUUGUACGUCUGUGUUUAUGUAUAUGUCUCCAUAUACAUAGUCACCAUCCCAUUCCACCCAAAUUAACCCAGAGGUCAGCCAGAUUUUCAAACAAGUCAUGACGUAAGGUUAAAUUCAGUCCAGGGACAGCGUAGAAGGGAAGACAAAUGGCUUAGAGCAGCUUUGUCAGCCAGAGCUUGGGUCCAUCCUGACUCUUGUCUCUCAAUAAAUCUGGACUAACCACCCACCCCCCCAAAUGCACCCCUCCCGGGCCCUGGCCUCGCAUCCCGCUCCCCUUGCAGAUGCUGGCGGGGGAGGGCCUGAGGGGUGAGAUGUGAAUGAUUAACGUCUGUUGGGACCCCUUCAAGAUUAGAAUCUCUGCUCCUGGACACGUUUGCAUUGCAUUCACCUGGGAAGCCCCCUAGACCCUCGCUUCCUCCCCAGCUGACCUUUUAUACUCUCUCUCGGUGGGGGAGGAAUGGCUCUUCAUUCCCCUUUGAAAGGCUUCUGUUUGCUGAGCAAAUGCUGACCACACAGAGACCCUGCUUGGAGCCAGUUAUUGCUUCCUUCCUAACCUCCCUCCCCACCCAACACACACAACACCCUACUCCCCCUUCCUGCUGGAGAGGCGGCCCAGGCCAGAGGGAGAGCCUUACUCAAGGAAAGUCUUUGAAAGCUGCCAGGAGCCAACUGGUAGAAUUUUUGGAGAGGGAGUAGGGGGUUUGGAGAGCAUCUUAGUCCUAAUUCAUUUUGAAAUAAAAGCUUGUGGCUAUAACAUAAUUUUGCUUUUGAAUUCUCAGUAGUAAAACAGUUGUUCAUUGUUAGAAGCAUCUGUUUACAAGGUUCCUUCUGAACUCCUUGAUUGCAGGCUUUAAGAGGGAUUAGUGGUGCAACCCCUUCCCAUCCCAGUGCUGGGGCUCUCACGUCCCACCUCCCCUCCCAGAUGCUGUACCGUAAUGUUUAGAGUAGCCAUACACAGACGGAGAGUCUUUAACAAUAAUAAUAAUAGGUAGCAUGAGGAAUUAAUGCAUAUUUUCGUUGGCAUUGCAUCAAAAUUGACAUCACCGGAAACAAUGUAUGUCAUUAUUAACUGUACAAAUAGAUGUCUUUUCUCCUUUUGGGCUCAGAAGUUCUCUGGGCUAAAUUGCAGUCAAGCGCUUUGCAGUCAGUAGUCCAUGGAAAGAGCUAAGAAGUGUUACUGUCAAUGCUUUUUGUGUCAUGAUUAAAAGCAGCCCUUUGGGCUUAAAAGACUUCCUCCAGCAUUUUAGCACAGUUCGUGGGAAUUCAAAAUAUUUUUUCACAUUUAGCUUUUACUCACCUUGCCCUGCUCUUACAGACUCCCCUGGGACCAUGGCGAGGGCCCUCCCGCUCGGAGCUUUACGGUAACGGCUGCAGAGUUUGCUGUUAGCUUUUGCUUUGCUGAAACUUUUCACAGCUGACUUGAUACUGGCACUCAGGCCUGACCUCUCGCUCCCUCAGCACUUCAGGGGUUAAUUUUGUUGGCGGAUCGGAUUUCUUUCCCUGGCAGGGGGAUGGCGAUCCCUCUCCAGCGGGUCCUUUAGUCAAAGAGUUGUCGGGUGGGCGCCUGGGAUUCCCUGGUCCGGCGUGGGCUGGCUCCGGCUCAGCUCUGGCUCCCUGCGGCUGACGAGUUGCCAUCAUGAGAUCCAUUCAGCUUCUUUGUCCGCUUUCUCUAAAGACCACGAUGUAGUGAAAUGCUCUGGCCUAGGAACCUGACAAGCUGGGAUGACAGCAGCUCCGUCAGCAGCGGGAUCAGCGACACCAUAGACAACCUCAGCACUGAUGACAUCAACACCAGCUCCUCCAUCAGCUCCUAUGCCAAUACACCUGCCUCCUCUCGCAAAAACCUGGACGUGCAGACCGACGCCGAGAAGCACUCGCAGGUGGAGAGAAAUUCCCUGUGGUCUGGCGAUGAUGUCAAGAAGUCAGACGGAGGGUCAGACAGCGGCGUAAAGAUGGAGCCAGGGUCCAAGUGGAGGCGGAACCCCUCGGACGUGUCCGACGAGUCCGACAAGAGCACGUCCGGCAAGAAGAACCCCGUCAUCUCGCAGACAGGCUCGUGGCGGCGCGGCAUGACGGCUCAGGUGGGCAUCACCGUGCCCAGGACGAAGGCGGCUGCCCCGGCAGGCACGCUGAAGGCCCCAGGAACCGGAAAAACGGACGAUGCGAAGGUGUCUGAGAAAGGCAGGCUGUCUCCCAAAGCCUCUCAGGUGAAGCGCUCCCCAUCAGACGCAGGCCGCAGCAGUGGUGACGAGUCCAAAAAGCCCCUCGCCAGCAGCUCCAGGACGCCCGCUGCCAAUGCCAACAGCUUUGGGUUCAAGAAGCAGAGUGGCUCAGCCGCCGGUCUGGCCAUGAUCACAGCCAGCGGGGCCACCGUCACCAGCAGGUCAGCCACGCUGGGCAAAAUCCCAAAGUCGUCUGCGCUUGUCGGUCGGUCUGCUGGUCGGAAGACGAGCAUGGAUGCGGCUCAGAAUCAGGACGAUGGGUACCUGUCUCUCAGCUCCCGGACAAACUUGCAGUACCGGAGUUUGCCAAGGCCCAGUAAGUCCACCAGCCGGAAUGGGGCUGGAAACAGGUCUAGCACCAGCAGCAUAGAUUCCAACAUCAGCAGCAAGUCAGCAGGCCUGCCGGUGCCCAAGCUGAGGGAGCCUUCCAAGACGGCCCUGGGCAGCUCUCUGCCGGGUCUGGUCAACCAGACAGAUAAGGAGAAAGGCAUCUCAUCGGACAACGAGAGUGUGGCUUCCUGUAACUCAGUGAAGGUGACGCCGGCAGCCCAGCCUGUGUCCAGUGCAGCUCAGGGCACUCUCCAGCCAGGGGCCAAGUACCCUGAUGUGGCAUCUCCCACACUUCGCAGACUCUUUGGUGGGAAGCCUACCAAGCAAGUGCCCAUUGCCACAGCUGAAAACAUGAAAAAUUCAGUCGUUAUCUCCAAUCCUCAUGCCACCUUGACCCAGCAAGGUAACUUGGAGUCCCCCUCCGGCAGCGGCGUCCUGAGCAGUGGCAGCAGCAGUCCUCUCUACAGUAAGAACGCGGAUAUCAACCAGUCUCCUCUAGCCUCCAGCCCCAGCUCAGCCCACUCAGGCCCCUCCAACAGCCUCACCUGGGGCACCAACGCCAGCAGCUCCUCAGCAGUGAGCAAGGACGGCCUGGGCUUCCAGUCCGUCAGCAGCCUCCACACCAGCUGUGAGUCCAUUGACAUCUCCCUCAGCAGUGGAGGGGGCCUGAGCCACAACUCCUCCACCGGCCUCCUCGCCUCCUCUAAGGAUGACUCCCUGACUCCCUUUGUCAGAACCAACAGUGUGAAGACCGCAUUGUCGGAAAGCCCUCUCUCUUCCCCUGCCGCUAGCCCUAAGUUCUGCAGAAGUACUCUGCCCAGGAAACAGGACAGUGACCCGCACCUUGAUAGGAAUACUUUGCCUAAGAAAGGACUCAGGUAUGCCCCCACCUCCCAGCUUCGCACACAAGAUGACGCAAAAGAAUGGUUACGGUCCCACUCCGCGGGAGGCCUGCAGGACACCGCCGCCAACUCCCCCUUUUCCUCUGGCUCCAGUGUAACUUCCCCCUCCGGAACGAGAUUCAACUUUUCCCAGCUUGCGAGUCCCACCACUGUCACUCAGAUGAGCUUGUCCAACCCGACCAUGCUGAGAACCCACAGCCUCUCCAAUGCCGAUGGGCAGUAUGACCCGUACACCGACAGCCGCUUCCGCAAUAGCUCCAUGUCCCUGGAUGAGAAGAGCAGAACCAUGAGCCGCUCAGGCUCGUUCCGGGACGGGUUUGAAGAAGUUCACGGAUCCUCGCUCUCCUUGGUUUCCAGCACGUCGUCAAUUUACUCCACACCAGAAGAAAAAUGCCAGUCAGAGAUUCGCAAACUCCGGCGGGAGCUGGAUGCCUCUCAGGAAAAGGUUUCAGCUUUGACCACCCAACUGACGGCAAAUGCUCACCUUGUGGCAGCCUUUGAACAGAGUCUUGGAAACAUGACCAUCAGGCUCCAGAGCUUGACCAUGACUGCUGAGCAGAAGGAUUCAGAACUGAAUGAGUUAAGGAAAACCAUUGAGCUGCUGAAGAAACAGAACGCAGCUGCCCAGGCUGCCAUUAAUGGAGUAAUUAACACCCCGGAGCUCAGCUGCAAAGGAAACGGUACCUCCCAGUCUGCAGACCUGCGCAUCCGCAGACAGCACUCCUCCGAUAGCGUCUCCAGCAUCAACAGCGCCACCAGCCACUCCAGCGUGGGCAGCAACAUCGAGAGUGAUUCAAAGAAAAAGAAGAGAAAGAACUGGUUGCGCAGCUCCUUCAAGCAAGCUUUCGGGAAGAAGAAGUCCCCCAAGUCAGCGUCCUCUCACUCAGACAUCGAGGAGAUGACAGAUUCUUCUUUGCCGUCCUCGCCCAAGUUACCACACAACGGUUCCACGGGCUCCACCCCGCUGCUGAGGAACUCGCAUUCCAACUCUCUGAUUUCAGAGUGCAUGGAUAGUGAAGCCGAGACGGUCAUGCAGCUCCGAAACGAGCUGAGGGACAAGGAGAUGAAGCUGACAGACAUCCGCCUGGAAGCCCUCAGCUCUGCACACCAGCUGGACCAGCUCCGGGAGGCCAUGAACAGGAUGCAGAGUGAAAUAGAGAAGCUGAAAGCGGAGAAUGACCGGCUGAAGUCGGAGUCUCAAGGCAGUGGCUGCAGCCGGGCACCCUCCCAGGUGUCCCUCUCUGCCUCCCCGAGGCAGUCCAUGGGCCUCUCCCAGCACAGCCUCAACCUCACAGAGUCGACCAGCCUGGACAUGUUGCUGGAUGACACUGGUGAAUGCUCGGCUCGGAAGGAAGGAGGCAGGCAUGUUAAGAUAGUUGUCAGCUUUCAGGAGGAAAUGAAGUGGAAGGAGGAUUCCAGACCACACCUCUUUCUUAUUGGCUGCAUUGGAGUUAGUGGCAAGACGAAGUGGGAUGUGCUCGAUGGGGUGGUUAGACGGCUUUUCAAAGAAUACAUCAUUCACGUCGACCCGGUGAGUCAGCUCGGGCUGAACUCCGACAGCGUCCUGGGCUACAGCAUUGGGGAGAUCCGGCGCAGCACCGCCUCUGAGACCCCUGAGCUGCUUCCCUGUGGCUACCUGGUUGGAGAGAACACCACCAUCUCUGUGACCGUCAAAGGGCUCGCGGAAAACAGCCUGGACGCGCUGGUGUUCGAGUCCCUGAUCCCCAAGCCCAUCCUGCAGCGCUACGUGUCCCUGCUGGUGGAGCACCGGCGCAUCAUCCUGUCCGGCCCCAGCGGCACCGGGAAGACCUACCUGGCCAACCGGCUGUCGGAGUACCUGGUGCUUCGGGAGGGCCGGGAGCUGACGGACGGGGUCAUCGCCACCUUCAACGUGGACCACAAGUCCAGCAAGGAAUUGCGCCAGUACCUGUCCAACCUCGCCGACCAGUGCGCCAGCGAGAACAACGCUGUGGACGUGCCCCUUGUCAUCAUCCUGGACAACCUGCAUCACGUCGGCUCCCUGGGCGAGGUCUUCAACGGGCUGCUCAACUGCAAGGACCACAAAUGCCCGUACAUCAUCGGCACGAUGAACCAGGCUACCUCGUCCACUCCCAACCUGCAGCUUCAUCACAACUUCAGGUGGGUGCUCUGUGCCAACCACACGGAGCCUGUGAAGGGUUUCCUUGGCCGGUUCCUGAGGCGGAAGCUCAUGGAAACAGAGAUCAGUGGGCGGGUGCGCAAUGUGGAGCUGGUAAAAAUCAUCGACUGGAUUCCCAAGGUCUGGCAUCACCUCAACCGCUUCCUGGAGGCACACAGCUCCUCGGACGUCACCAUAGGCCCCCGGCUCUUCCUGUCGUGCCCCAUCGACGUGGAUGGCUCCAGGGUGUGGUUCACUGACUUGUGGAACUACUCCAUCAUCCCCUAUCUCCUGGAAGCCGUCAGAGAAGGACUCCAGCUCUAUGGGAGGCGGGCCCCCUGGGAGGAUCCCGCCAAGUGGGUGAUGGACACCUACCCUUGGGCAGCCAGCCCACAGCAGCACGAGUGGCCUCCCCUGCUGCAGCUCCGGCCUGAGGAUGUCGGCUUUGAUGGCUACUCCAUGCCUCGGGAAGGGUCAACGAGCAAGCAGAUGCCCCCCAGCGAUGCUGAAGGAGACCCGCUGAUGAACAUGCUGAUGAGGCUGCAGGAGGCAGCCAACUACUCCAGCCCCCAGAGCUACGACAGCGACUCCAACAGCAACAGCCAUCACGACGACAUCCUGGACUCGUCCCUGGAGUCUACGCUGUGACAGGGGCCCGGCCGUGGAGCCGGCCCACCUCCUCCCCUCCUCACCCGGCUCCACCUCGAUCCUCUGCACCAUCCUGAAGAUGCCCUCCUGAGCCAGCCCCCGGCCGCAGCCUGAAAGCUGCAAGGGACCCCAAGACCCCUCGUCCUGCAGCCUUGACCUAGGUGCAGCAUCCCGGGCCAGCCGCUCUGGACCACGUCCUUCCACAGUGAGAACUGCACUAUCGUCUGUUUUGUUUUCGUUGUUGUUUUGCCUUGUUGCUGUGACCUCCCUAAGACACUGAAGAUACUUCUCGGGAAAGGAUCAUCACCACUGAAACAAAAAGAAUUAAAAAAAAAGACCCCACCUGAAACUUGGAACCAAGCAGUAUCCUGUCAUGAGCUGCCCAGAGACAGAAGGGGCUGGAGUGCAGGUGGAAACGUAGACAGCACGGCUUCCCCUCAGCACAGACCCUCCAGACCAGCUCUGCCGCCAGCACGCCCACUUCCACACCAACCCGCCUGUCCACCCAGCCGGCCACAGACUGAACUGGUGCUAGCUAGGACACUUGCUUUGGUCACUCAACAAACCACAGAGCUACAGUGCAGGGAAACCUUAGGAAAAAGCAAAUCGUGCUCUCUGUUCUGUUUUUAAAUGGUGCUCUCCUUGCCCGAGAGGUAUUUUGCCUGUUCCAGUCCAACCACACCUUUCAGAUCCGUCAGCCUCCGAUGAACCCACGAGAGUUAGUGUGGGGUCGUGCGAAUGUGUGCGAGCGGAUGUGGCUGCCAUGCAGAAUGGCCUGUGUCUGUUUCCUUCUUAGAGACAAGUGAAUCAGGUUUCCUUUCUGACAACACUGUGUGCCGUGAGAAUUGGUCUGCUCUGGAGAACUGAUCACCCCUUUGAAAAUGAGGUUGAGUUUCUCCCUUUCGGACUGUUUGAUUUUGAAGAUCCUUCUCCUUCCCCUCUUGGUCGGAAUCGAUCCUUUGGUGAAAGUGAGAACCACAGGAGUGGAGUUUCGGUUUGGUCCUGCUGAGUUUGGGUUUUCAGUUGUCCACCCUCACAGUUCUGCACGCUCACCUCCUCCCCCUGGGGUUGGGGGUGGUUGCGUCCGUAACGUGGACCAGGACCCCAUCCCCAACACGCGGGUAAGCCCACCUUGCCUUUCCUUCUCGUCCUCGAGGCUUCAGAACGUGCGUCGACACCUCGAGCGCCAGCCCCAACCUCAGCCGGGGUGGGGAGGUCACCUCGUGAAACAUUUGCACUUUCCUCAGAACCAACGGGACGCAAUUCAACACGGGGGGGCAGCCGCUCCCUUCCAGAAGCCCCAGCCCUGGCCUCUGUCCGGACGAGCCUUGCCUGACCUCUUUGGUGCUGACCUUCCCAAAGCGAUGCCUUACUGGUUUUGUACUAACCGUGUCCAUUUAUGAGUGUCGUGCCUGCCUGGGGUCCGUUUUUUUGUUUCCCCCUCAGAGCAAACAGGGCUAAGAAGUCAUCUACUCCUUAGAAGAACUCAAGUCGCUGUGACUUUUCUCAUCCAGUAGACUCGUUUGUGUGGAUGCGUGACUAUGGGAAAAAAAAAAAAGAUCCAUUUUUUAGGUUCUUAUCAGCCUGCAGCUAACACCCUGACUGGACAACGAUCUGUCUUGUGCAGGAAAAGGCAGAAGUUCCUACAAGUCUACGUAACAUUGCUGAGACAUGCCUGCUCGUGUGUGUCUUCAACAUGCUGGUUAUUUUCUUUACAGGGUGUGGUAAAUCUUUGAGUUGUUUGUUUCUGUCUUAUAAAGAGAAUCUUUAUUGGACCCCAGUGGGGGUGUCUCUGUUAACGAUCAGGGUUUUUAUUGCAUCUUUUACAUUUCUAUUUCUGAAGAUCCAUCUCUCUGCAUUUUUUUCUUACUUUCUUCCCACAAGAGCUUGACCUGAAACUGCUCACAUUACGUUGGAUGACACCGUUUUCUUCCUGGAAAGGAAAAGGGGAAUGUGUCCCGCUAGCUGGGGAAUGGAAAACCUCUCGUCCUGUCUCUGCUUUAAUCUCAGUGGACUCAACCCCCUGCCGAGCCUUCCUUAGUCAUCUGGGUGUGUGAGUGUGGCUUGUUCUGUUCUGUUUUUCAUAACGUUUUUGAUCCAUAUAUUUAGCCUGUGACCACGGGCCACACCCUGAGCCUUCUGGUAAACCUGAAGAGUGGUCCUUCUCAAUUUAUCUCCCAGCGAUGACCUUACACGCUCAUACUGUGAAUUUGGGAGGAGGUAAAAUUGACUUCUCCUCUUGGGCAGUUUUCCCAGCCACCUGGUGAGUAGACACCUGCAGUAUUGUUCACAACUUUUUUUUUUUUUACGACACCCUCUCUUCACUUUCUCUUCUCCCCUCUCCCACAGACUUCCCUCCCACUGGGUCCAGGGCAGAACCGAGACCUCUGUCCCUGGUGCUGCCCGACUGGCGACCGGUGACUUUAAGUAGUGUAACCCUUGUAUGAUUCACAGCUCGGUGUCCUUCCUACAGUUUCGGGAAGCAGGGUUGUCUGACAUGCACAUUUCUUAUUUUGGUCCUCUUCUACUUCAGUGUCACUCACCUUUGACAAAGUGACUUUCUACUCAUUUAGGGCUCUGUCCGAAAUGCUUCCAUUUUGCCUUUUUUUACAUUUAGGCGAAUUUUGAAAUAUAUGAAAUUCUAUGCAACAUUUAUGUUGAGUUACCAAUGGAAGCCAAAAGUUUUCUUCCCAAACUGCCAAGAAUUAUACGGGCCAUAAAUGAGAUGGGGGUACCGUUUAAUUUAAGGGGGGGCGGGGUAGGGGUGGGACAGGAACAAGAACAAGAUUUGCCUAGACCUUUGUGGUAUCUUGGGGAUGUUUUUUAUUUUACUGUUGAUGCUUAAAUUUCAAAAUUCUGUGUAUUCAAAUUUGAUCGUGGCGAAUCUACUUCAAAAGAAAAAAAUAAUCUGACUUUGUGGAUACUAAAUGGAAGGUUUGCUGUUUUGAGCUAGUUGUUUCCAGUGGAGCAGUUUAUGAAAUAUGUUCUAUAAGAUGUACAUUUUUUCAUUGUAACAUAGAAAUUGUAAAUAAUUGAUUAAAGUGCUGCAUUUUGAUGAA